AAAAAGACUGAAGGAGACACAGAGGGGACCCAGCGAGGAAGCAACUGCACAUAUUAUCACACAGGAGGGAGGGAGAAAAGAAAGUUCAUAAAAGAUAGACAGUGACAGAUGUACAAUAUAGUGAAGUAGAGGAGAAGGGUAAGUCAGAAUACAGAUCACUGGAGACUGGAGAAGGCUGAUGCAGACUGUGAUGGAUUAAAAUAAUUUGUUAAACAUUACUGAGAUAUACACAAGCAAGUACAACUAGGAGUAAAAGGGAGAUACAACUAAAUAUACCUGCUCUGAAGGAAACUGUUCGACCCAAGGACAUAUACAGACAGACAAGGAGAAGAUAUAGAGAAGCUGAUCUCCAUAAACAGCCAGAAAAAAAUGAAUCCUUCCCCAUUGGAUACGAUGAGGGGGCCCAAGGCAAAAGCAGCAGCAAUAGUGAGAGAACUCACAGGGCAGGCCCCACAGCUAGAUGGGCAGCUAGACCUGGGCAAGAAGGUGAGUGUCCCUCAAGAUUUGAUGUUGGAAGAGCUUAACCUGAAGCGCAAUCGUGGCUCCUGUAUGUACUUGGAGAGACAGAAGCGAGUGCAGAGAUAUACAUUUGAAUACCCACCACACCAAAUCAAUGCAGGCAGCAAUAUGAAUCUCAUACAGUCUGUUCAAACAGCAAAUGGUGAUCACACAACAGCUAAUGAAGGAAUGCAUAGGGGGGAGCGGUUUCACUCAGAGAUCUUAAUACCUAGAGGAGACAGCAAAACUCCCCCCAAUGUACCCAAAAAGACUGCAAAAGUCUUACAGAUGAAGAUGUGCCUCAAUCCAGGGGCAAUAGCACCAGGUUACUCAGCCCCUUGGAAAGAGAUUCCUUAUGAGAAGUUUAAUAGCACAGCCAUCCCCAAGUCAUACAUUUCGCCAUGGGUUGAGGAGCAGAACGUAGAAACAAUGGUAUCUGUUACUGAAUCCCUACCUGAACCCCCGAAGACUCCUCUUAAUGUCACAUACCACAGCUUUAACAGCACUCCAAUCCCUUUUGGGAGUUUAUCAGUACUUGAUAAUACAAAUGCUCCUACAAUGUUUGAAGAACUACAAGCUCAGAUAGAGGAGGCCACCAGCGGACUGGAACUAAUGUGCCAAAGACCCAGCUUCAACAGGACACCCCGGGGGUGGGCAAUGAAAUUCAUACCUGAGACGGCAGACCUGUAGUUGUCUGAUUUUCUGGAGCACAUGUAUUAGCUUUUCUAUAAUAUUUGCUUUGACUUAGAUCUUGUAUGCAUUGAUAGGUCUUAGCUAAAUACAUGCAGCCAUUUAUCUCUGUGUGCUGUUUGUAUUCAGGAGUCUGUGUACUAAAGUGCAUUAAAAUUCAAAUUAAGUAGAUUUUCUUUUAUAAAUAUUGCAAAUUGGUAUAGCAAAAUGGUGUCAAAUGUAUUGUUGUAAUAUGACAUGCCAAAUGAAUAAACCAAUCUCAUGAACUCUUGCAAAAAAAUACAGGUAUGGGACCUGUUAUCCAGAAUGCUCGGGAUCACGAGCAUCUUUCUUGUAAUUUGGUUCUUC